ACUUCAAGUUUAUUCACCCCAAAGUGUGUUUGUUGUGAUGGGCAGCUUUAAGUUUUAAUGUGUCGCCAACAAAGUAAAAACUAUUUAUAAUGUAUGGUACAUAGAUUAUGCUGAUAUCUGUCUAAACUGAACAGCAAACAAACUGAGCCCACACCACUGCAGGAUAGUCUUCUACCUUUAACAGUUACUGUGGGCUAGAAUUAGUUCCACCAUGUCAGCAAAACACAGCAGGCAGAGUCCGUUUUGCCAAGAGGUAAACUACAUGUGUGUUUGAGGGAGAGAGGCUAUAUGGGCUUGUAGAGAAAGGAAGACUAGUUACAAUAAGUUUGGUUUCAAAAUAGAUCUACCUAAAAGGACCCUGUGCAGGCCUGGCUCUGUUAAUGGAUACAAAACCCAGUUUUUCCCUUUAGGCAGCAGCUGUAGUCCCUCCCCGGGCCACGGUGAGCACAGGGACAGAGAGCCUGGGCUGCUAAAUGCUCCAGCCUCAAAGGGACGAUGGUGGAGGGCUGGUAAAGAUGGCGGCGCUCUCCGAGGAUGGGAGAUACGGAUUAAAUUGUGGCCCAGAGAGCGCAGAUAGAGUCACCAUAUUGCACGUCAAAUUGACUGAGACAGCAGUGAGAGCCAUAGAGAGCCACCAAAAUUGUAUGAAUGUAUCUUCUUUGCGGCCAACAAUACAGUUCAAGGGACUCCAAGGGCGCAUUAAAAUCCCCAAGACUGAUUCCUCCCCUGACAACUUCCACAACUUUGAUUUUUACCUGUCUAACGUGGGCAAGGACAACCCUCAGGGAAGCUUUGAUUGCAUCCAUCAGUAUGUGUCCAGCUCAGGGGCCUCACACCUGGCAUUGUUGGCCACCGUACAGGACAAGGUCACAGUGUGCGCCACUAAUGACUCUUACCAGGUGACCCGGGAGCGCAUGACCCAGGCUGUUGAAGACACACGUGAACGUGGGACCAAAGUCAUCAAGCCUGGGGGCCAGUACAGAGGAAAGCAAGUGCAUAUCCGCAAGCCAGCAUUAUCAGCAGCCCCUGAUGUGGUCCCGGAGCGCAAACGCUCUACACCCAUCAACCCAGCCAACACUAUUCGUAAGUGCCUUUCCAAUAACCCUGUGUCCCAGCGGCCUUUCCGGGACCGCAUCAUCCACCUGCUGGCACUGAGGUCCUACAAGAAGCUGGAGGUACUUGCCCGCUUGCAGCGGGACGGUAUCAAUCAGAAGGACCGAAACUCAUUGGGGACCACCCUGCAACAGGUGGCAAGCCUGAACCCCAAAGACAACACAUACUCUUUGAAGGAUUUCAUAUACCGUGAUGUCCACCGGGACUGGCCUGGCUACUCUGAGGAUGAGAAGACUCAGGUGGACCGGAUCCUGGCUCGCAAAUUGGGGCUUCCUACUGAGACUCCAUCAAGCAGUUCUCCCAAAGACAGUGUCCCCACAUCCCCCCAGAAGCGCCCACCAGACUUUGACUUCGUUGACCCAUUGGCCCCCAAGAAAGCCCGCAUCUCCCACCUCAGUAACAGAGGGCCAGCCGCAUCUUCAUCCUCCUCCUCAGAGCGCCGGGAGGACGAGGGCAGCCCCAACUCGAAACGCUCGUCCCUUCCCUCCAUCAUCACUUCAGGCCCUCCCACCCAUCUCCCCAUCUCGUCCCACCCUCCUGCCCCCUCUCACCAGCAGCCCAGCCCAGCUUCCCACUCCAACUCACCCAGCACCCCGGAAGGCUGCGGCACCCAGGACCUGCCAACGGACCAGAGCUCCUCCUGCAGAGACCCUUCACCCAGCCCUUUCCCCUCUGACAGGACCCCGCAGGACCGCUACCGACACCCUGUUCCUGUCCCUGUCCCCAGACCAGCUGCCUCACCCAGCCCCCCUCUCCCUCCUCCACCUCCUCCUCCUCCUCCUACUACUACUACUACUACUGUCACGUCACUAACAGUUACCUCCACUGUUAUCAGCAACCCUCCCUCAUCCAGCAGCACCACCAAGAAGUUCAAAAAGAAAUCCAAGAAGCACAAAGAGAAGGAUCGAGAGAAGGAUCGAGAGAGGGAGAAAGGGAAAAGGAAUGAAAGAGACAGCAGAAGUCCUCCCAUUGAAGCCGAACGGCCUGAAGAGACUCGUAAAGCAAAAAAGAGACGCAGUGCCGAGGAGGAGAGCAGAGAAGUUAUUGUCAAGAAUCCUCACAAAGAUCAAGAUUCUUCAGAUAAAGAAAAGCCAGUCCAGUCCACUGAAUUCUCCUCCACUAUUGAGAUGCCUGACUAUAUAGUGAAGUACAUGCCUCUGGGGUCCAUGGACCAGAGACAAAGUUACAAGGACGACUUCAACGCAGAGUAUGAUGAGUAUCGCCUGCUGCACGCCCGCGUGGAGAACAUCAACCGCCGCUUCACUCAACUGGACUCUCAGUGCAGGAAGCUGGCACCUGGCACCAAAGAAUACCAGAAGGUGCAAGAAGAAGUCUUGAAAGAGUACAAAAAGAUGAAACAACGCUGCCCAAACUACCAUGAGGAGAAACAGCGCUGCGAGUACCUGCACAACAAGCUGGCCCACAUCAAGAGGCUGAUAGCUGAUUUUGACCAGCGCAGAGCCCAGGCCUGGUGCUGAGAGCACAGCACACAAUAUCCUCACUGAUCAGUAUUGAGAGCGGAUUGUCGAACCGGGAGGGGGAGUCCAACUGGCUGUUAUUUAACCCCCCCUUCAGUUACUGCCUCCUCACACACACCUCUUCCUUCCCUUCUCCUUUUCCAGUCAUCCUUCUUCAUUCCUUCAUUCAUUUCUGAUCUUGGAAUUCCACUGGUUUCAUUGUUGCCUGCAAUCUAUAAAAUAUCACUUUGAGUCCCCCCCCGCCCCCCCCCCCCCCCCCCCUUCCCUUCUUUUGCUUUCUUGAUGUUUUUUUUUUUUUCUUGAGGAGCUCCUGUGGAGUUUGAUACCACUGGACCGGUGGAAGGAGCUGCCUGCAUGUGUGAAGGGGUUUGAGGAAACUCUUCGACUCUUCUUACCUUUUUUGAAGGACUUAUCUUCAGGCAAAAAAAAAGAACAAAAAAAGUAUUUUUGAGUAUCAGAGAAAAUAUUAACAUGUAUUUAAGUAAAAAAGAAAAAAGAGGGAGAACUAUUUAUUUUGGGACUCGUAGUGCAAAAGAAGAGUCCGCAGAUGAUAUAUUGUUUAACUUUUGAAAACAAUGCAAAAAAAAAUACCGCGGGCCUUAUGUGUUUUGACUAUUUGAAGCCAUUUUGCACGCCUGAUCCAUUCUGUCAUCUCAUUUGGCAAUGAUGUCUCUCCUGCCUCAUUUCCUCUCUCUUCAUAAUAACUGUACUGGAUGACCUUGCUGCAGCACAUUGCUGUUGGGAGGAAAUGAGGCGGGCAGGAGAAAUCGCACAAGCUAAUUGAGAGGCAACACCAGUAUGUGUGCAUGGAUUAUUAAUUUAGUUGUAAUGGCAACAUGGGGUUGUGAGAGUGGUAUAACUAAAGGAGUAUGACCCCCUGUCGUAAGGGGGCAGUAUUCCCUGCACCAACAGUGUUUAGCAUUCUCGGUGCAUUAUGGGUGCCUUAAGGUGUUUACACUCGGGAAACAUCGAGUCAGGCCGACCUUUAGGGUCCACAGGCUACACAGAGGAACUAUAACUGCCUGGAAACAGGUUGUGUGUGUAUGUGUGUGUUUGUGUGCUUGUGCAUGUCAGAGAGGUGGAGCAAGGAAGAGACGAGAAGUCUGGAAGGAGUGUUACACAUUGUGAGCGUGUGUCUGUAUGAUUGUGAAUUAUGUGGAGUGAGAGAUAAAAGAGAAAAAUAAUAGAAAUGUGGAGAAAAAAGUGAGAAAUAUGAAAAAAGAAACAAAAAAAGCUGCUACAGUGUUUAACCAGCCGGAGCACUCAGGAUCAACCUGGCUGGAGUAACAAUACCUGAUCUUAAUUGAAGAGAUAUAGAAGCUCCUUAUUUUCGGAGACCCUGGAGAGGACUGUGGCUGCCUCUGCAGCUUUAUCCAGCGGCAAACACUUUAUGUUGUUGUUUGAGAAAGAAGCCAAAAUGUGUCAUCAUCCAGAGAACAAAACUUUAUGAAGAUGUCAAAUGUAUUUGAUCCUCAGUUUGAGUUCUGCAGAGCAGUGAAAGAUUUUUUUUUUUCAACAUUGAUACCAAGUUGAUUUCAUGGAGUGGAUGAAUGGCUUCUAUGAUAAGUCUUUAUUUCAACAAGGGAAAAUUUGUUUACAACCUGUGUUAGAAUGUUUGCCAAAAAUUAAAUACUUUUCUGGUACUGCAUCCAUGGAGUAACAUCUCUGAUUAGCUUAAUCUAAGGAGACAAUAUUGGUGACAAACACUAUGAGUCUAAUGCAAUGAGGAGAAACCAGAACACCUUUCAAACAUCUCAGGAUGAACAUAGGAACUGAUUUAUCAGGCCCUUCAAAAACCAACCAUGGAAAGGUGUUGACUCUCAACCUCCACUGAUCCUGGGGGAAAAAAAGUCCCAAUUCCCCUUCAGAAAAAGUGAUCAAAGUAAAAACUGUCUGGUUUUAUUCCAUUUAUGUUUUGGCACCUUGUCAAACAGUCAGUCUCUGCAGCAGACUUGCUGUUAUGUCCGGUGGUCAGAAUUAAUAAACCAUAAUUACAAAUUUAGCUAAACUAUCGAGUGAUGACACAAGUUAUUUUGGACAGACAAACCAGCACUUGUUUAUUUGACGUGUCACAAUAGCAAACAAAAAACAAAGCCCACACGAGUUCAGGCUGUACUCAAAUCUAGGUUAACUAAGGCUGCAGGCUCAGGGUCAGUCUAUUGGUUACUUUUUCCUGUUUCCCUUAAUGGUCAAGAGUUCCAAAGAGACACUUCUAAGUUUAUGUAAAAGCUGAGGCUUCAUGUGCAGCCAUCAAGAUGUCGUUCUUGCUUGUGUCCUCUGUUCUGUCUCAAAAAACAAAAAAACAGAUUAACCUAAAUUUGGGUCUGAUUACGAAGAAUCCACAUUAUAUGUUACUUCAUGGGCGGAGAGGAGAGCGUUGAUCAAGAGUCUUAAUGAGAAAGUGACCAUUUAAAAUACCCUGGCAGUGUUUAGAUAGGAUGAACCACUGAAAAUCAAGUGUGAAAUCUGAUCCUGCCCAAGUGAAAAAAAAAUAAACAUUUCAAUAAAAAUCAACUGAGUUUAACCUGGAA